AGAGUCUUGCUCUGUCGCCAGGCUGGAGUGCAGUGGAGCGAUCUUGGCUCACUGCAACCUCUGCCUCCUGGGUUCAAGUGAUUCUCAAUAAUGAAUCUGUCUUAUGUCCAUCUUUAUACCGAUACAGUUGUAAAGCCUCAUUUUUAUUUAGUUAUUCUUUUUUUUUAAUAGAGGAAGGCACCUACAAAACGAAAGUGCCUAGGGCUUACAAAAGUCAUAUGCAGCCUUAGUUGUAGGAGCUUUACAAAUAUUAGCUCAGUCAUUUUCAGAAAGGUUUUUCUAAUUAUCAUUUUAGAGAUGAGGAAACUGAAGCUCAGGGAGGCUAGGAAACUUAUCCAAAGCCUCUUAAGAGGCUACGUUAGUCAGACUGGGCUAACAGCUGUAACAACCCCAGAAUUUAAAUGGCUUAACACAUUAGGAGUUUAUUUGUUAUUGCCAUAACAAUUCAGGGUGUAUGUUUGGCAGGCAGUCUACACAGUGAUUCAGGGACCCAGGCUCCUUCCCUCUGGUGGCUUUUUCUCCCUCUAGUCCUGGGAGCUCUCCAUGCAGAUGGUGGAUGGAGAAAGAGAACAAAAAGUGGGGGAUUUUUAUAGGCCAGGCCUGGAAUUGGCCCACAUCACUUCCACACACAUUCCACUGGCCAGAAUGCAGUCACGUGAUCAUAGCUAACUGCAAGGAAGGUUGGAAAAUGUAAUGUAACUGCAUGCCUGGGCUAAAGAGAGGAACACGGAUCCUGGGGAGUACUCACAGUGUUAGAUUGCAGUCCAGGUCUUCUGCACACAAUGCCCGCGUGCUUUCCACACCCUCCUUAGCUGAUUCUUAUCACUCUUAGCUCCCACAAGUCCCCUUUACAGGCCCUUUUAUCCUGCCCCACCUGCCCACUCACUGUGCCCAGCACCAGACCUUUGCCCACUCAGGAUCAGUUGCCGUAUGAGGCACCAGGAAGAGGAAUGCAUUGGGGAGCUUACCAGGCCAACUUGAAGAGGCUGCAACCAGAUGUUAUGCUCUCUGUAUUGCCCAACCCCAGGCCCACAAGGCACUGCUGGGCACACUACCUCCUCAGCAUGGGAAAAGGGGGCUGCAAAGAGGGUUUCAGAGGGCCAGGAAGAAAAAGGUUUGAACUGAAGUCUUGGCUGCACUAUGAACCUUGGGCAAGGCAUCAGCAGUAAGGGGACAGUGCCAGAUGAUCCUGCACACUAAAAUACCACAGUCCUGGGAUUACUGCCUCUUGCCAGAAGUGAACUGUGUGGCCCUGCCCCAACCCAUCAUUGUGCUGCCUUUGGACACCCAUUAUCCUACAAGACAAAGCUACAGGAGCCAGCUGGAGGCUAGAUGGCCUGUGGACACUUUCCCGUAACUGCUGGGCAGGCCUGGUGACCCUGGCAAUGGCCUGGUGAUGCUGGUGUUGGUGGGCACCCUGCUCCUCUAGGAUCAGGCCAAAGCUGUCUAUUAUGAGAUCCUUGAGUGGAAUCAGCAUGUCUCCCUCCUCCAGGAGGCCUUCCCAGAUUGCUCGGCCCUCAGUGCUCCCACCUCUUCAAAGCUCAGGGCACUUGUUAUCAUUCAACCUAAAGGUCCUGGCUUGCCUCAUAAGAUUUCUCAUCAUCACCCCCUUUUUAUUUGCUCUUGGCUUCGGAGGCAAGGAAUCCAGGACUAUGUUUAGAGCCAAGUGAGUCAGGGACUCUCCUGAGCACUCUGUAAGCGUCAAAUGCUGCAGGGCAUUGGGUCAAUUCUAACAUUUCAUCCAGAUUUACAGUCGGACUGGGUUUUUGUAAAGAGAGAGUUGGCGCCCAGGCAACAUCCUUCUCUUUAUUUGGGGUUGAGAAAAGCACACUAAGGAAAUUAAAAAAAAAAAAAAACCAUUUUGCCUAUAGUCAUCUGAAAUCUUCACAUUCAUACACCUCGUGUCUGCAAGGCGAAUAUGACCAUGUUUCAUCCCCAUGUCUGUGUUGGACACAGCGUAGUCUCAAUCAGACCCGGUCACCUCCCUUUGCUGCCAUUUGAGAGCUGAUCGAUGCUGGACCCGCUCCCUCCUCCCUCUCUGCCUAGUUUCUCGCCCCUCAGAUCAGGCUCUGUCUGUGGCUAGCUUGAGGGGUGGCCAUGAGGCCUAAAUGAGGGCGUAUCUAUAUGGAGACAGCACUUGGCCUGGGGCUCUCCCACAUUGCCUGUUAGUCUCUCACACAGGCACAAAACCUUGCUUUAAAAAUGUGUCUUACGAUGAAACUUGGCAUCCAGGACGCGCCCCGUGAGGAAUUUGUUUUUGUUUUAAUGCCGAGGACGUUUGCAUGAAAACAGGAUCUUCGUUGCUUAGGAAUUGAUCAACUCCUGCUGCUGCUUUUCCCUGCUGAAGUGCCAGUCCCAUAUUUGUCACAGGCAAACCAGUAACUGUAGGGAUGGUUGGGACCUCCACAGAUAGAGGAUGGUGGCUGCUCAGGGGGAUGCAGAGGCCAUGGAGCCAAAGGAGAGAAUCAGGAACCCAUCUCAGGCAGAAGCAAGCUCGCAGAUAGACCGCGUCCUUAGCCAUAGGACCACAGCAGGAGUGAAGAUUUUUUGUGGGUCUAGUUGGUUCUAGAUGCUCAGGGGAGAAGAGAACGAAGACAGAAGGCGUUAAGACUCAGCCUCCAUCUGCAAGGAGCCGAAGGCCUUCUUGAAGGCCAGAUGGGAGGCCAGUGCAUGAGAAGACAGUGGUUAGAUCCAAAGUAACAAUGAAGACCCCAGGCAACUGAGAAGAGCCAGUGCCUGCAGUGGGAAGGCUGGGAGUGAGAUCGGGAUCUGCCACCUACCCACGAGGUCACCUUGAGCAGGCUGCCUGACCACUCUGCACCUCUGUUUCCUCACCUACAGAAUGGCACUCUCCCACCGGAGCCUUAUGAGAUGCUCCAUGCUAAAUGCAUGGCGUAGAGUAAGCAUGCCAGCAGUCCAGACUGUUAUUCCCAGCAUGCGUGCUCAUAGUAGAUGCUCUCUGUCCUCAGGAGGAGAUACAAAGAUGGCUAUAGAAGGCUUUUUAGAAGAAGGACUUGAACUUGGUUUGAAAGGAGGAGAAAAAGAUGACCUGGGAACAAGAGUGUUCCUGAUGUUCAAGUGGCCAGACUGGGACACAUCUGCUUCCACUGCAGUCAGUUCCUAAGGAGGUUUUCCAGGCACUAUCCAAGAAACCAAAGUAGAAUUGCCUGCAUGAAAUUGGAGGGGGUGUCCUGCUCCAUGGGGACCCCAGCUCAUUUUUGGCCUCAGCCUGGCCCCACAGGCAUCGGCAUAGAAAGGACAAAGUUGACGAGAGCCCAGACUGGGCACUCCACUGGGUCAGGCCCUUCCUUUGCCUCCAGGCUUGGCUUCCAGAAGGCAGUGAAGUGGUUACAUCCAAAUACCCACAAGAGGCCGGACACCUUUCUCUCCCGUAUCCUUAAUAUAUGCUAAUCAAAGCUGAGAGCCUGCAGAAAAUAUCUGCUUGGCCAAAGCCCCACACCCUCGCCUUGGCUGGGCUGCCCACCCUCCCCAGGCCUCCCCUCCCAUCUGCCUAGCUAAAGGCGUCCAUAAAUCCAGCUUUCAGAGCUCUCAGGGGUUGGCGAGACUGCCGUGGACCUCAGUCACAUCACGAUGGAAACAAUUGAAAACCACUUGGCAAAAAGAAGGGGUGAUCUAAUGUUUGAUAGCAAGAAUACAUUUUUUUUUCCUUGCCAUUCUUACUCAAACCCAGGGGGAAAAGCCGGCUGCUCUCCAGUCCCUGUCAGAUCAGUACCCCCAGGGUCCCUGACUCUUGUCCUCUGUCCCAGAGGAAGUCCAGGCUGUGGGGCUGGCUGUGGCCUCCUCGCAGUCCAGGGAGGAGCAGAGCUGGCCCUGCCUUUCUGACUGGCCAGGCUGCCUUGGGCCCCUCAGAGGCGAGGAGAUGGCCACAGGGGCCUGCGGAGAAGCCCAUAUAUAGAGCCUGGGGAAUGUGGGCCUCUGGCAGGCGGCCUGGAAAAAAUGGCCGUGUUCUGAGGGUGAACGCCGCCGAAUUAUAAAUAGCACCCGCCUCCCUCCCCUUCAAGCUUGCUGUGUCUGUCACUGGAGACUUGACAGUUAAAAUUCAAGAGGACUGAACAGGACAAGGGAGCGGGAGCGGGGGAUGGGGGAGAUGCCGGAUUGUGCAGGAAGCUCAGCUGCUGUCUUGGGAUUGAUACGGAGAAUAGUCACCAGAUGACGGGGCUGAGAGAGGGAUGCAUUUGGGGUGGCAGAAUGACUCCUGAUUUUAUGCAUUUUUAUAAGCUGAAUAAGAAUGGAAGGAAAACUAAAGGAAGCUUCAACUCCACGAGAUGGUUUUAUGGGUGCUUUAGAGCCUUUAAAAAUAAUAAGAAUAAAAAUCAGCUGUCUCCGAAUAUUAAAGGUGUCUCUCUGGUUCCGAAAGGUCAGCCACCCUGGAUUCCAAAUCAAAGCCAACGGCCAGGUGCCCACACAGGCCCGUGCCUUGAGCCUCCUGCCAAAAGGUUUCUUAGUGUGUUUUUAUGUCUCCCUGACAUGGAAGCAGCAGGGAUGUUUCCCCAGCCCCUAAAACCUCUGCACAUUGUGCUCACCCAGCAGAGGGUGAUGAUUCAGGAGGAGUCAGAAAUAAAGAAAGGAAGGAGUGUGCAGCCCUCGUCGUGGAAAGCCACACAGCCGUUCACAUCUGGGUAGCAGUGAGGGGUGGGCAAUGUUCUCGCGAAUUCUAGAUUCUGGAGGAGGGGUGCGCUGGUUCUGCAGGGACCAGGAGUCCCUCUUUGUGUCCUUGGAUCUGCUGGCAACUCCUGGGAACCAGCUGCCAGGCUUCCUGACUUGCUGCCCAGCCCUGCAUGGACGGGAACUAGAGUUCUGCUGGGCACUGGGAUGGGAUACAAUGGAGGUGCCUAGGGGCUUGUUGGGGGCUGGGCCAGCUCCAUGGGCAUCUGUGCCUCCUCUGUGAGCAGGCUAAGCUAUAGUAAGGGCUUAUCUCCUUUGUUUUAACAGUUGGGGCUUUGGCUUCCAUAGCAAUGAUUUGCAAAUAGGGUAAUUUAUUGGCUUCUCUCCUCCUGCCUUGAUAAAUCUCAUAUCUUACAUCCUUUGGAGCCUCAUUUGAAAUCAAACACUUAAAAAAAAAAAAAAGAAGGAGCACUCAUGCCUUUGUUAUCUUUUGGACACUUCUCAAAAGAAGAUCCCUGGACCCCACAGGAUGCAGGCAACACACAGAUGUGAGGUGAGAGCAGGUAGACAUUAGAACUUGACACACAGUGAUGCUACAGGCAUGACUUUAUUUAUUUAUUUAUUUAUUUAUUUAUUUAUUUAUUUAGAGACAGAGCCUCAUUCUCACCCAGGCUGGAGUGCGGUGGCGCGAUCUCGGCUCACUGCAACCUCCAACUCCUGGUUUCAAGUGAUUCUCAUGCCCCAGCCUCCCGAGUAGCUGGGAUUACAGGCAUGUGCCACCACGCCUGGCUAAUUUUUGUAUUUUUAGUAGAGACAGAGUUUCACCAGGUUGGCCAGGCUGGUCUUGAACUCCUAACUUCAGGUGAUCCACCCUCCUUGGUCUCCCAAAGUGCUGGGAUUACAGGUAUGAGCCACCGUGCCCAGCCUAGUGUGACUUUAAAACUGUGCUUCUAGGAGCCCUAUUGAGAGAGGAUGCCUCGGAGGCCCAACAGUAAGGGGACUUCCAGACCCUCGCUCCUAUGUCAAGCAAAGCAGCUCUACUCUUACUGCUAUUAGGUAUUAGACUGCAUUUUGAAAAAAUGAAUUUCAUGCCUUAAAAAGCUUGGAAAUCAGUAUCAUAGCUUACCCCAUGAUUUUAGUGCUAAGUGAACGAAGGCCCAGCGAGUGAAGGGGAUUUUCUGAAGGUCAAGACCUCCACUUGGGUUGCUGCUGUGAUGGCGGCUCUUGUUUUGGGAAGGGAAAUCCCAGAGGUUGGAACCAAAAGGGACCUGAGAGAGCAUUUUAUCAACCCCCUUCCUUCAAAACUGAGGCCCAGGGAACAGUGGGAUUUGCUCAAGGACCAGCGAGUAGCAGACCUCAGACUUGAAGCCAUCUCAUAGGAGGCAUGCUCGUAAAAGGAGGCCUGAUGUGCUAUAAAAACUGCAAAUGGCAGGAUUUGCCCUGAUGGAGACAGCUUCCCGGAGGAAGUGGUAACUGAGCUGAAAAGAUGACUGGUGACAAGAAGGUGACGAGAGCCUCCCAAGCAGAGGGACUGCUCCUGGGUUUGGUCCAGUGCUCAUCUCCCCACUCCUGGGAAGCAGAGGUCCGGAAAAGAUGACAGCUCUCGGGGUAGACUGUUCCCAUCUGUCUCUGCAUUGACUUCUUGCCGGGCGAAUGUGGGAAGCCAGCGACAUCACCACCUGCCAGGUCUGGAUGUACCGACUGCUUUUGGAAUAAAAAGAUUCCCAGGAUGUGAGCAACACGGGACCGCGCCUGAGUAAAUUUCACUUGCCAACCCCUGGGGACACAUCUCGCUUCCGAGGUACCAUAUCUAAAAGUGGCUUGCAAGCAUACCAUCUGCGACAUUCCCUCUCACCGCUUCAGAGGAUUUUAGGACCUGUCUACCUUUCCUGUAUUCCUUUGUCUCCAAACAUGAAAUGGUGACCCUCAUCCAUGUUUGUUUGGUUUGGGCCGGUUUUCACCUCCUUCCAAAAAAAGGAAGAGAAGAAGAAUGUGAUUUUUCAUGUUUCUAAGCACUUUCACGCCGUCUGUGCAUCCAUAGAUGUUCGAUUUGGGUGCCUGUUGGGCUGGGUCGUGGGAAAACUCAUAAAGAAGUGCCAGUUUCUUUUGCGUUGUGAAGAGACACUGACCCUGUCUUUGUUCUUGUCCACAGAUAUGAUGCUUCCUGGUGUGUUUAGCGGUUGGUGCCAUUGCAAUUUUCUGUGCUGAAAUCAUUCUGAAAACUCAAACAGUAGACUUCAGCACACAAGGAAAGCCAAAGCCAUUUGAGGGGGAAUAAAGCCAAAAGCCUUUCACCUUAUUCGUUCCAAGAAUCUCACCGCCCCCUCCUUAUCCCCCUCCAAAAAUAAGCCAUUGCACACAGACAGGCAGCAUGGCUAGCAAACGAAAAUCUACAACUCCAUGCAUGGUUCGGACAUCACAAGUAGUAGAACAAGAUGUGCCCGAGGAGGUAGACAGGGCCAAAGAGAAAGGAAUCGGCACACCACAGCCUGACGUGGCCAAGGACAGUUGGGCAGCAGAACUUGAAAACUCUUCCAAAGAAAACGAAGUGAUAGAGGUGAAAUCUAUGGGGGAAAGCCAGUCCAAAAAACUCCAAGGUGGUUAUGAGUGCAAAUACUGCCCCUACUCCACGCAAAACCUGAACGAGUUCACGGAGCACGUCGACAUGCAGCAUCCCAACGUGAUUCUCAACCCCCUCUACGUGUGUGCAGAAUGUAACUUCACAACCAAAAAGUACGACUCCCUGUCCGACCACAACUCCAAGUUCCAUCCCGGGGAGGCCAACUUCAAGCUGAAGUUAAUUAAACGCAAUAAUCAAACUGUCUUGGAACAGUCCAUCGAAACCACCAACCAUGUCGUGUCCAUCACCACCAGUGGCCCUGGAACUGGUGACAGUGAUUCUGGGAUCUCGGUGAGUAAAACCCCCAUCAUGAAGCCUGGAAAACCAAAAGCGGAUGCCAAGAAGGUGCCCAAGAAGCCCGAGGAGAUCACCCCCGAGAACCACGUGGAAGGGACCGCCCGCCUGGUGACAGACACAGCUGAGAUCCUCUCGAGACUCGGUGGGGUGGAGCUCCUCCAAGACACAUUAGGACACGUCAUGCCUUCUGUACAGCUGCCACCAAAUAUCAACCUUGUGCCCAAGGUCCCUGUCCCACUAAAUACUACCAAAUACAACUCUGCCCUGGAUACAAAUGCCACGAUGAUCAACUCUUUCAACAAGUUUCCUUACCCGACCCAGGCUGAGUUGUCCUGGCUGACAGCUGCCUCCAAACACCCAGAGGAGCACAUCAGAAUCUGGUUUGCCACCCAGCGCUUAAAGCAUGGCAUCAGCUGGUCCCCAGAAGAGGUGGAGGAGGCCCGGAAGAAGAUGUUCAACGGCACCAUCCAGUCAGUACCCCCGACCAUCACUGUGCUGCCCGCCCAGUUGGCCCCCACAAAGGUGACGCAGCCCAUCCUCCAGACGGCUCUACCGUGCCAGAUCCUCGGCCAGACUAGCCUGGUGCUGACUCAGGUGACCAGCGGGUCAACAACCGUCUCUUGCUCCCCCAUCACGCUUGCCGUGGCAGGAGUCACCAACCACGGCCAGAAGAGACCCUUGGUGACUCCCCAAGCUGCCCCCGAACCCAAGCGUCCACACAUCGCUCAGGUGCCAGAGCCCCCACCCAAGGUGGCCAACCCCCCGCUCACGCCAGCCAGUGACCGCAAGAAGACAAAGGAGCAGAUAGCACAUCUCAAGGCCAGCUUUCUCCAGAGCCAGUUCCCUGACGAUGCCGAGGUUUACCGGCUCAUCGAGGUGACUGGCCUUGCCAGGAGCGAGAUCAAGAAGUGGUUCAGUGACCACCGGUAUCGGUGUCAAAGGGGCAUCGUCCACAUCACCAGCGAAUCCCUUGCCAAAGACCAGUUGGCCAUCGCGGCCUCCCGACACGGUCGCACAUACCAUGCAUACCCAGACUUUGCCCCCCAGAAGUUCAAAGAGAAAACACAGGGUCAGGUUAAAAUCUUGGAAGACAGCUUUUUGAAAAGUUCUUUUCCUACCCAAGCAGAACUGGAUCGGCUAAGGGUGGAGACCAAGCUGAGCAGGAGAGAGAUCGACUCCUGGUUCUCGGAGAGGCGGAAGCUUCGAGACAGCAUGGAACAAGCUGUCUUGGAUUCCAUGGGGUCUGGCAAAAAAGGCCAAGAUGUGGGAGCCCCCAAUGGUGCUCUGUCUCGACUCGACCAGCUCUCCGGUGCCCAGUUAACAAGUUCUCUGCCCAGCCCUUCACCAGCAAUUGCAAAAAGUCAAGAACAGGUUCAUCUCCUGAGGAGCACGUUUGCAAGAACCCAGUGGCCUACUCCCCAGGAGUAUGACCAGUUAGCGGCCAAGACUGGCCUGGUCCGAACUGAGAUUGUGCGUUGGUUCAAGGAGAACAGAUGCUUGCUGAAAACGGGAACCGUGAAGUGGAUGGAGCAGUACCAGCACCAGCCCGUGGCAGAUGAUCACGGCUACGAUGCCGUAGCAAGGAAAGCAACAAAACCCAUGGCCGAGAGCCCAAAGAACGGGGGUGAUGUGGUUCCACAAUAUUACAAGGACCCCAGAAAGCUCUGCGAAGAGGACUUGGAGAAGUUGGUGACCAGGGUAAAAGUAGGCAGUGAGCCAGCAAAAGACUGUUUGCCAGCAAAGCCCUCAGAGGCCACCUCAGACCGGUCAGAGGGCAGCAGCCGGGACGGCCAGGGUAGCGAUGAGAACGAGGAGUCGAGCGUUGUGGAUUACGUGGAGGUGACGGUCGGGGAGGAGGAUGCCAUCUCAGAUAGAUCAGAUAGCUGGAGUCAGGCUGCGGCAGAAGGUGUGGCGGAACUGGCUGAAUCAGACUCCGACUGCGUCCCUGCAGAGGCUGGCCAGGCCUAGACAGGGAAGUCUGUUAGAACUGCUGUGCUGAUCAACGGGAUGCUCCGUCUUUGAAGAAAGAAGAGAUGGUCUCUCCCCAGCCAUGGGCCACCCUUGCCAGUGACUCCAAGUGGAACUACUUAGCUCGCGUGUGCCUGGAGGGUGCGGGAAGCCCAGCGACUCUCAGACGCACCUCCCAGAGGACCGGUGGGAAUUGUUCAUAGUGCCAAAGUCCUACUACUGCGUUUUCAAUGGGUCCUUGUACAUAGUUUGCUCCUCUGCCCUAGCCCUCACCUCUUGCUAUACUGGAACCGAUUUGUACAAUGUGGGAAUUUUGUUACCUUUUUAAUCAAGGGCAACUUCCUUUUCCAGCACUACCAUUGUAAGGUUUUUUUCAGGAGGGAGGGCUAACCACCUUGCUUUUCUCUUUUCUCUUUUUCUUUUUUUAUUUUUGUUUUAUUAAUUUGGGGAAAGGGGUGUUAGUAUUAGUGCCAUGAUAUCUACUGGAUUUUAAGUAGGGAGACUUUAUUUUUAAAGGUAGGUUGAAAUUUGGGAGAUUUCUCGGCAGGAAGGGCUGAAAUCCAGGCCCCUGUCUCAACUUGGAGAGAGGUGACAGACGGCAGAUCUUCCAAAUCAAAUUCCUUUCCAGUUCUUCCACUGGCUGCCUUUUUGGGGGUCCCUGCCUUAGCCCCACACAAGGCUUUCUGAACUGCCAAGAGGGGAUCUGGCUUCUCAACUGCUCGGCCUCUUGGGCCAGGCUGUGCCCAGCCAGCCCUGGGAGAACUGGGUAGCAGGUGGCUGACUUCUUUAAGCACCUUUCUAAAUACCAGCAGAAGAGGCUCCCGCCUCUGUUAGCAUGAUCAGUACUAUUGCGACAUUAAAACAACAACAAUAAGAUCUUCCUAUCUGGAGGGUACAGAGGUGAAUGGCUUUGGUUUUCAUUUCUCUUCUUCACUGCCUUUUCUCGGUGUGGUAUUUGACAAGAUUUUAGCUCAAAGCCUCACCAUGAAUUGAUUUUUUUUGUUUGUGUGUGUGUUUGUUUUGGGACAAUUUUAGAUACCUGAGUGCACUUUUUCAGUUAGUCCUAACUUUUAAAAGAAGGAAAACCAAGAGACAUAUCUGGUGUACGUGUUGCAGUAUGAAUUCUGGUUGCAAUCCCUCCCCCUCCCACACUGCCCCCCAUUUGAGUACACCACACAAGUCAAACGCUAGGAAGUUUGAAUAAAACCAAUUUUUCUAACUUGUUGCUCAUUUGUUGUAACUCAAUAAAGCAAAGACUAAACAUUUUUAUAA